AUGAUACAGCAGAGUUCUUCCUCAAGGAGAAGUUUGCACGGUAAUGAAUGUCACAACCUUACGUCCUCCUUUAGGAGAGAUUCUUUGAAUAUUCCCAGAGCCGUGGGCGCCAGAUCGUCGUCUACCAUAGAUCUGUUCUACAUACCAGAUGCCGCCGUCUCAAGAAGACACUCUACCCUUGUCACUGCUAGAUCAGAUAACAAUAGCAAAGGUGCGCCAAUGCGCCACUACAACAGGCCUAAUUUCGCCUCUUCCUCCACUUCAUCGCUGCCUUCCACCAAACAUUGUCCAUCUCGCUAUGAAAACAUGAACAACAGCACUACGGAAUACAAUGAGCGCCCACAAUAUAAUCGUAUGCCCAACCCGUCCAGACGCCACUCUUUGAUGACCAUUCCCGAGAAAUACUCGGGAGCUCGUUAUAGUCUCCGGUCAUCACCGCCGACCUAUUCAAACCCACGUGUUAGGAAAGAGCUUACUCCUUUCCAGUUACAAAGGAAGCAAAUGAAGACUGCCUUCCAAUUCCCCAAUGGUGAAAAUUUCACACCAAGAAACCAAAAACCAAAAUUUUCACCACCUUCUUUGAUCCUGCCCAGUUCUCCCUCUACUUCAUCAUUGCCUUUGACCCCAGUUUCGUGCUCAUCUCCGAUGAAUAUCCGUUCUAUUGCCACACCAACAGUCAAUCAGCCUUUCAAGAAAAGCAAUGCUGAUGGCGACAAUGCAAAGGUAGAACCCGAGUCUCCGAAAUUAAUCAGAUCCAACUCUAAAAAGAUCUCACGCUUUUUCAGGAAAAUUUGGUCAUCAAAAUCAUCAAAUUCCACAGACGUCGUGGAAGAAAACUACAAAACGAAACAGAAAAGGAAAAAUCCCGAGAGAAAUGUACCAAAACCAAUAACGUCUCUUGAGCAGCCAGUUGAAAUUGAGAGACAAAGUUCCUUUACUGUCAACAAUCAAGAAGCGUUUUCACCACCGACUGAAAAUUCAGCUUUAGUACAGGAACUGACUGCCCUCGGAAACAACACCAAAAUACCCGUUCUUCCACCUCCUAGAUCUCCAAAUAGGCCUACAUUGUCCGAUAAACAAAGCACAAAGUUAUAUUACUGCAAUCAGGAUUCCUCUAAUGAAGAUAUUGCACCCGUAGAGAAUACUAGCGUUUUCUUGAAGCGUUUGCAGGUUGAAUGGCCUACUGUGUAUCUGAAUAAAUUACCUUUGACCGCGUCCGUGCCAUCUUCUCUUUCUACCACUGCCGAGGCCGCUAAUUCUUCCUUCGUCAAUUCUCCGAGGUCAUCUCCAGGUCCCUCCUCCUCAUCUUCAUCGUCAUUGGUUUCUCGCGGACCAAUGCAAUCCAUUUCUUCCUCACCAACCCCAGUACCUUCUUCAAGGUCAUCAAAAUCUAAAAGUGCCAUCAAGUCCUUACGCUUCGCCGAUGAGAUUUAUGUAAAUGAUACAUGGUCUCCUGCAGACUAUUGCAGAUGUGACAAUACCUUCUUAGAUAAUUUCUCUAAAGUGAAAAUACAAGAUGUCGUCAGUACUUCUUCCUUUAUCGGUAAUAAUCUCUCAUCCACUAAAAACAUAUCCAAUAUCGAAAUCAAGAUGGAGGUAAAUGAGUUUAAGAGAAAAGAAAUGCGGGUCCAUCAAGAGAGCGCCAGAUUUACACAUUUCUACCUAUAA